AUGAGGUCUUCACUAGUCUUCCUUUUCUCUUCUCUACUGAUUUCUUCGGCUGUAGCCGCUAAGCUAGGCAAACGCGAAGCGGACCUUCAGAACUCUCAGGAAGCUGGAACUACUUCUGACCAUUGCGACUGCGCCCUCGCAUGCCCACCAAACAAUUGCGCCCUCGAGUGCCCACCGAAUCCAGAUCCCCAAUCGUCAUCAGUUAAAGAAACUAUACCUCCUGCAUUGGGACAUGAAGAUGCACCGCCAGCACAGCAGGUUGCUGAACAAUCAGAAGAUGCGAAUCUUGGUUUUCUACUAAAUUGA